GUGGCGAGCAGCGGGCGCGAGCUGACGCUCAUGGCAGGGUACUGGAAACUGCUGUGUGCCUCCCUCAGGCAUGAGAGUUUCCACACUGCUGCACAGCACUACAAGGGCCGGACAGGCGCUGAGCACCUGUGGCUGAUGCGGCAUUUAAAGGACCCAUAUGUGAAGGCUGCUAAGGUGGAGUGUUACCGCUGUAGGAGCGCCUUCAAGCUCCUGGAGAUCAACGAGAAGCAUGGGAUUCUGCGACCCGGCCUCCGGGUGUUGGACUGUGGGGCAGCUCCUGGGGCCUGGAGUCAGGUGGCAGUGAGAAGGGUCAAUGCCACAGGUGCAGAUCCCAGCUCUCCUGUUGGCUUUGUGCUUGGGGUAGAUCUUCUUCACAUCUACCCUCUGGAAGGAGCAACUUUUCUGUGCCCUACUGAUGUGACUGAUCCUAGAACUUUCCAGAGAGUCAUGGAACUGCUUCCUGGUGGGAAGGCAGAUGUGAUUCUCAGUGACAUGGCACCCAAUGCCACAGGCAUCCGGGACCUUGAUCACGACAGGCUCAUCAGCAUGUGCCUGUCCCUUCUGGACUUGGCUUCAGACAUCCUGCACUCUGGGGGAACGCUGCUUUGUAAAACUUGGGCUGGAAGUCAGAGCCAUCGGUUGCAGAAGAGACUGACUGAAGAAUUCCAGAACGUGAGGACUGUAAAACCUGAGGCAAGCAGGAAAGAGUCAGCCGAGGUCUACUUCCUGGCCACUCACUACCGAAGAAGGAAGGGCUCUGUGAAGCAGUGAACUUUCCUGCCACUCUUAUUGAUCUUCCGUCCUAACCACUUGUCACUCUCAUGGGUGCUAGGGUGUAGAGCUUGGGUGCUCUGAGAAGUGGCUGGAAUCAGAGAUCAACCUGAGAGAUGAGCAGGACUGUGGGGAGCCAGUUUGGUUUUCAAAACAAAAGAUACGACAAAAUAUAUCUAAGGGGGAUAAAAGAUAAUUUAAAACACCAGCCUUUCAUAAGAUUUUUGAGGAGAAAGUUAUCAGGAGAAAAACAGGUGGAGAAUGAAGGAUGUAAAGAAGCAGAUGGGAGGGAGGAGUAAAACAGACUCAGGUAGUGAUGGACAUUCCUAUGUAGGCCUUUCUAGACCAGUGAUGGUGAACCUUUUUUUUCUUUUUUGGUCUUUUUGAGACAGUCUCACUGUGCAAUUCAGGCUGGU